UACUUCAACAAAUUCCACCAACGUCACUCUCUCAAAAGCCUCAACCAAAGAUUUUCCCUCCCAAAUCUCAAGAACAAUAACUUCAAAAAAUAUACUCUUAUUUUCACAAUUUAGCUAAACCCACAAUUUCUCUCCUCAUUUAACCACAAACCCACUUCUCAAUAUCUCUAAUUUACUUUUAAGAAACCAAUCUUCUUUUUUUCUCUCUAAAAAAACAGAGUAAGAAAAUGAAAAUGAGUGAUUAUUGGACAACAAUGGCUUCUCUAGUCGGCAUGUUAGCCUUUUGUCAAACAAUCCUCCAACUCGUGUUUCCGCCGGAGCUCCGACUAGCUUUCCUCCACUUCUUGACACGCCUCCGCCACGUGUUCUCUUCUCAUAUCUACUUCGACAUAACGGAGAUUGACGGCGUCAACACCAACGAGCUCUACAACGCCGUUCAACUCUACCUCAGCUCUUCCGUCACCGUCAACGGCGCCGUUUCUAGCAGCAACAACAACACACGUCUCAGCUUGACACGUGUCCCUAACUCAAGCUCCGUUACUUUCGGUCUCUCCAACAAUGACAGAAUCACCGACGUAUUUAACGGCGUCACUGUCCUUUGGGAACACGUCGUUGUUCAACGUCAAGUCCAGAGCUUUUCGUGGAGACCAAUGCCGGAAGAGAAACGAGGGUUUACGUUACAGAUCAACAAAAGAGACAAAGCCCUUGUCCUAGAUUCUUACCUUGAUUACAUUGUCGGAAAAUCAGAAGAGAUUCGUCGGAGAAACGAGGAGAGGCUUCUUUACACGAACUCGAGAGGUGUUUCGCUCGAUGCGAGAAGCCAUCCAUGGGAUUCUGUAAGAUUCAAACAUCCGAGCACGUUCGAUACUCUGGCUAUGGAUCCUGAGAAGAAGAAACGAAUCAUGGAGGAUCUAAGAGAGUUUGCGAAUGGACAAGGGUUUUAUCAGAAAACGGGUAGGGCUUGGAAAAGAGGUUACUUGUUGUAUGGACCACCUGGAACUGGCAAGUCGAGUUUGAUAGCUGCAAUGGCGAAUUAUCUUGGUUACGAUAUUUACGAUCUUGAGCUCACUGAGGUUCAGAACAACUCUGAAUUGAGGAAGCUGUUGAUGAAGACUAGCUCUAAGUCGAUUAUUGUCAUCGAGGACAUCGAUUGUUCUAUCAGUUUGACAAAACGAGGAAAGAACAAGAAGAAGAAUGGGAGCUAUGAGUAUGACCCGGGUUUGACAAACGGGUCAGGUUUGGAGGAACCGGGAAGUUCGGUGACUCUCUCGGGGCUAUUGAAUUUCACUGAUGGGCUUUGGUCUUGUUGUGGGAGUGAGAAGAUCUUUGUGUUCACGACAAAUCAUAUAGAGAAGUUGGACUCUGCUCUGUUGAGAAGUGGGAGGAUGGAUAUGCAUGUUCACAUGGGUUUUUGUAAGUUUCCGGCUUUAAAGAUUCUGUUGAAGAAUUAUCUGAGGCUUGAGGAAGAAGAUAUGGAUAGUGUUGUUUUGAAGGAGAUGGAGGAAUGUGUGGAGGAGGCGGAGAUUACGCCGGCUGAUGUUAGUGAAGUGUUGAUUAGGAAUAGGAGUGAUGCGGAGAAGGCGGUGAGGGAGCUUGUGAGUGUGUUGAAGGAGAGAGUUGUGAAGAGAAGGAAGAGUGUUGGAUUGAAGAAGAAGAAAGAGGAAGGUGAAGAAGAAGAAGAAGCAGAGGAAGAACAAGAGAAGAGAGCUUUGGAUAGUCCUAAUCGAAACAGAGAGAUGAUGGUAGCUAAUAGCUUCGAUCUGUGGCAAAAAGAUGUUUUUUUCUCUGCAGCUGAGGAGGUUCAAGAAUCUGCUGAUAUAAUGGAAUCUGCGUAUAGGUUGUGGUUUAAACAGAAGAGAGACGGUCGAGUAACCGUAGAAUCAGACGAGCUCUGCAAAGAACUCCAAGCUGCUUUGAGCACUGCUAAAUGGCAGUUGGAAGAGUUUGAGAAGGCAGUGAGGUUGAGCCAUGGAAAUUGUCGAGAUGACACUACCUUAACUAGGCAUAAACAGUUUGUUGCCGCUAUUGAAAACCAGAUUUAUCGAGUAGAAUCUUCUCUGCAAGAGGCGUUAAGCGAGAAUGGGAAACAACCUUUGCGUUGGGUGGAUCUCAACAAAGAAGAGCGUGAUGACCUUGCCAUGUUUCUAUCUGGAUCUUCUCAGACAUCAGAGAGUUUAAACAGUGAUAGCAUCAACUUGAGAGAUUCCUCAACGAGUUCUGUCGCAGAGAAUCCACGUGGGAUGAAUGGCAGAAGAGAUACUAGAUGUUAUGGUGAUAGUCCUGACUGUGUGAUAGACAUUGACGAGAGAGGAAGUCCUGAAAGUGGUGAUGCUAUGAUCCGCGUUCAAGAUGAUAAAAAAGCCGGUACAAGAAGAACAUGGAGUUCACCAAAUGUACCGAAUAUCAGUGCGUUGAGGAUUGAUGUUCCUUUUAAUGCAAAAGAAGAAGAGAGAGAGAAAUUCCUGUCACAAAUCGAAGACACUCCUAAAGAAAAAGGAUCUAAACCUCUGUUUUGGCUGCAGAGAUGUCGUGAUUAUAACCAACUUUUUGACAGAGUCAAGGUUUAUCAAAGACGAUUUCGCGUUCCAUUAACCCGCCCGAUUAAGCUCAUUCUUUCCUUAACGCUAAUCUUCUUUCUUCUAUCAUUCAUCUUGAGAACUUAAACCGCGGUUUCAGAAACUCUCAAGAAACAUUGACAGGUUUUGUUAUACAGAUUCUUGUGUAAUGGGCACACACGUUAGAUGAUGCUACAUGAUUCAACAUCCCUCAAGAAGGAAGAGAGAUUAAAAGCUUUGUCAAGAUUCAAAAGAAGGACAAAGCCUGUUUUAUUACUCUCUCUUAUCCUCAGGGAACAUAUAGGAAACCUGUACAUUUGUAAGAUCAAUUUGUAAAACUUGAAGUUACGUUUCGUAAAACAUUAGAUGUGUACCUAAAGAAAACCAAUGCGUGUUUGUGUUCAAUGAUAUCUCCAGUGUUUGUUUGUCUCUCAGAUAUUUUAUUUUGGAACAAAACAUUCUUUGUCCC